CUGCAUUCGAAUAAAAUUAUUCAUGUACUCCUUAAACACCGACUAUGAACUCAUAGUUUAUUAAUAUAAAAUUCCAGUAGUAUGGACAAUCCCUGCAAAAUGCAAAAAUACGAUAGGCAAGUACGGAUUUGGAAAGCAGAAGGCCAGUACGCCAUUGAGCAAUCACAUAUCUGUUUGUUGAAUGCCAAUACAGUGGGUUGUGAAGCACUAAAAAACACUAUACUUCCAGGGAUUCGUGAAUUUACUGUUGUCGACAAAUCUUUGGUUAAUUUGAAGCGUGAUGGAUCCAAUUUCUUUGUGCAGUACGACCAAGAGGGACAGAGUCGUGCUUUAUGCACUAGUACUCUCUUGCAGCAGUUAAAUCCAUCAGCGGAAAUGAACUACCUUGAAGUGGAACCAGAAGAAUUAAUUGAAAAAGACAUUGAAUUUUUCUCAAGAUUUACAAUUAUUUUUGCCUCGACAAUAAAAACUGAUGCUUUGCUUCAACUUGAAGCGUUUUUACGGACGAAAGGGAUCCCUCUCAUCUACUAUAAUUCUAUUGGGUUUGCUGGCAUAAUAAGAGUCUCUCUCCCAGAAUAUACAACCGUUCAGUCUCAACCAGAGGUACCGUUAGAUUUACGAAUCCGCAAUCCUUGGCCCGAAUUGAUAAAUCAUGUACGCACCUUAAACAUUGGUGAAUUGGAUGUUACUAGGAGAAACGAUUUUACAUAUAUUGAGCUUUUAAUUUAUUAUAUGCUACAUUUCGAAAAACUGCAUCAUCGAAAGCCGGAAACUUCAAAUGAUAGAAAAAUCUUGCGAGAUAUUAUCCGACAAGAUAUAAAUGGACAAGCUCCUGAAAAUUAUGAAGAAGCAUUAUCAAGCUACUGGAGAAUUUUCCAAGAGUAUAAGAUACCUUCGAACGUGAUGGAAGUAUUGCAAGAUGAAAAAAGCCAAGAUGUCAACGAAAACUCCACUGAUUUCUGGAUAUUAUGUCAUGCUUUGAGACGUUUCUAUGAGGAGAGAGGGACUUUGCCAUUGUUAGGUACAAUUCCUGAUAUGCAUUCACAUACUCAGCGUUACUUAACUAUCAAGCAUUUGUACAAUGAAAAAUUUCUUGCCGAUUUUGGAAUCUUAAAAUCAUAUGUCCAAAGGGCAUUGCAAUGUCAGAAAAGACCCGAGGAUGAUAUACCUGAUGUCGUUAUUAAGCGAUUUUGCAAAAACGUUCUAAACAUCAAAAUUUGUCGGUACAAAUCCAUUCAAGAAGAAUUCGAAUUUCCUAAUGAUUUAGAUACAUUACUUUCAGAUGAAAGUUCACUUCUUCCUUGGUAUUUAGCAUUUCGAAUCUCGGAGCAACUUUUCAGUUGUCAUCCACAUGCAUCACUAGAAAAGGAGUCCCCCAUUGUUAAGUGCGAGUUAAACAAUUUAUUUGAAAAGUACUCCUUGAAAGAGAAGUACAAAGAAAAAGUUUUGGAGUGCAUUGAGGAAUUGUCUCGAGCUUCCGGUCUCGAAAUUCACCCAGUUUCUUCUUUGAUAGGCGGUAUUGCAGCACAAGAGGCAAUUAAGAUCCUUACGAAACACUAUCUACCGAUCAAUCACACAUGCAUCUUCGAUGGCGUUCAUAGCAAAACUGAAACAUUUAACAUUUAGAAACGCAAAAAGAAAUUCAAAAGAUUUUUUGUUGAAGAGAAUAAAAAGAACUACGUCUAGUAAAUACACAAGCCAACUGCUUAUUGUAGAAUCCACCUUACCUUAGCUAAAAAAUAAUAAAAUU